UUCUCUGUCAAGCGUCAAGUGUCAUAUAAAUAUUAGAUUUUGAGGUUAACUUUGUGUAAAUUAAGAUUUUGCGAUAUUUAUUUUAAAAUACUAAUCGUUUAUUUAUUAUUGAUUAACUAUAAUUCAAUUAUUGAUAUAUUUUGGCACUAGAAUACAAUAUCAAAAACAUGUCUGAAUAUAAAAAACCAGAUAUCGAUCCUGAUCUAGUGAAAUUCUCUGAAGGAAAUGACUAUGAUUCUCUUGCUAAAUACCUAUGCAAAGUUUACAGAUACCGGGAAAAUAUAAUUAUACCGAGGGUGUUAGGCCCAGUGGUCAUAAAAACAAAUGACGAGAAGAUGAUUGAAGCUACGGUUGAAAGCUGCCCAUUCAAAUCUGUGACAAGUUGUAUUAUAGGCUAUGGUCUUGGUGCUGCAGUCGGUCUAUUCACAUCAUCACUAAUGCCAAACAUGACUGACCCAAUGGCACAACAAAAUCAAACAGCAAGAGAAAUAUUGAGGGAAAUGAAGAAUUCAAUGUUAAGCUAUGCUAAAAAUUUUGCUCUACUCGGCGCUGUGUUUUCUGGAGUUGAAUGUUGUAUAGAAAGCGCUAGAGGAAAGUCUGAUUGGAAAAAUGGCACAUAUGCGGGUGGUGUCACUGGUGGUCUUAUAGGAUUGCGAGGUGGAUUAAAGGCAGGCUUGUUUGGAGCAGCAGGAUUUGCUGCAUUUUCGACAGUAAUUGACUAUUACAUGCAUCAACGUUGAUAGAGCAAAAGGCAAUUUUUAAUUAAGGAAUACAUUUAAUGUUAAUCAUAGUUAUAAUGGUAUUAAAAAUAUAGGAAAUUCUAACA